GGCGACCUUUGCUCCUGCCGGGAGCAAUCCAGGCCAGGCGUGGCUCAGCCGCCCGGCUGCAAGGUGGGGUGUCCCCGCCGCUCGGAUCCCCAUCUCGCCUGCCGCGGGCGAGGUGGCCCCGCCGCUUCCUGCGCGCACCUCGGGUCCCUCUCUCCCGGACCGGGUUUGGCCGCGGCGGCCGCCCCUGCGCACCCGCGCCCGGACUGGCGGUUUCGGUCAGACCCGCCCGCGGGCUGGUUUCGAUUAGGGCCAGUAGGAGGGCGGAGCAGCCGGGACGCGAGGAAGGAACUAGCCUAAGUGGGGACGGUCCCCGCGCAGGAGACAAAGAGUGUCCCUGGGGCGAUCAGGGCGCAGGAGCCCGACCCGGAGCCCGGGGCGCCCGCGCUGACUUCGGGUCCCCGGAGCCACGGAGCCCCGGAGCCACGGCUGACUUCGGGUCCCCGGAGCACGGCAGGGAGAAGGCGACGGCGGAGAAGGGGACAGCGAAGAAGGAAGGCAGGCUGCAGGGGCGCCGUUGGCGCGGCGGCCCGGGAUGCGGACUCCGGUGGUGAUGACGCUGGGCAUGGUGUUCGCGCCCUGCGGGCUGCUGCUCAACCUGACCGGCACCCUGGCGCCAGGCUGGCGGCUGGUGAAGGGCUUCCUGAACCAGCCAGUGGACGUGGAGUUGUACCAGGGCCUGUGGGACAUGUGUCGCGAACAGAGCAGCAGUGAGCGCGAGUGCGGCCAGACGGACGAGUGGGGCUACUUCGAGGCCCAGCCUGUGCUGGUGGCGCGGGCACUCAUGGUCACCUCGCUGGCCGCCACGGUCCUGGGGCUGCUGCUGGCGUCGCUGGGCGUGCGCUGCUGGCAGGACGAGCCCAGCUUCGUGCUGGCAGGGCUCUCGGGCGUCGUGCUCUUCGUCGCUGGCCUCCUCAGCCUCAUCCCGGUGUCCUGGUACAACCACUUCUUGGGGGACCGCGACGUCCUGCCCGCCCCGGCCAGCCCGGUCACGGUGCAGGUCAGCUACAGCCUGGUCCUGGGCUACCUGGGCAGCUGCCUGCUGCUGCUGGGCGGCUUCUCGCUGGCGCUCAGCUUCGCGCCCUGGUGCGAGGAGCGUUGUCGCCGCCGCCGCAAGGCGCCCUCCGCCGGGCCUCGCCGCAGCAGCGUUAGCACCAUCCGAGUGGAGUGGCCCGAGCCCGAGCUGGCGCCCGCCAUCAAGUACUACAGCGACGGCCAGCACCGACCGCCGCCUGCCCAGCACCGCAAGCCCAAGCCCCAGGUCGGCUUCCCCAUGCCGCGGCCGCGGCCCAAGGCCUACACCAACUCGGUGGACGUCCUCGACGGGGAGGGAUGGGAGGCGGCCGAGUCCCCGGACGCUCCCUCGUGCAGCACCCACCCCUGCGACAGCUCGCUGCCCUGCGACUCCGACCUCUAGACGCCUGCAGAGCCUGGGGGGGGCCGGGUGGCAAAGGACUCACCCCCACACAGGCCCGCCUGGCUUCGAGUUGGAACCCGGACACUUGCCCCUCACUGGUGCGGAUGGAAAUUUUCCUUUCGUGGGACCAAACAGGACUCCUUAGACGAUUAGUUCAGGUUGGGUUUGGUUUUCUUCUUAAAGAGUUUAGUUUUCCUCUCCAAAGGGAUCAGGGUCCUCUUAGGGAGUGACGGGCUUUUCAUAUUUUUUUGCUGAAGAAUAUAUGGAAAGGGUGGCAUUUGCGUCACGUGGACCAGGGACAGUGUUGAAAUCAGCAGUGCUCAGAAACAAUUUAACAUGUUGAAACGACAAUAUUCUAAAAUACCGAUGAAUCUUGCAUCAAUAUAAUUAUUGGGUUUUUUUUCUUUUUCCUGCUGUAUAACUCCUUGCCAUGCAAACUCUCAAGAGGCCAAUAUAUUCCUGGCCAUGUUUGAAUGAGCCUCUUAAAAUAAACUUAGAGCCAUGCAAAUGCCAGCAGCUUAAGGGAUUUCAUGGAAUGAAAUAACGUGAUUAACUCAUAGCUACAUAUCAUUGCAUAAAUGGGAUUUAUCUUUUUUCUCACUUAUUUUUGUUGUGAAAGUCGAGGGCACGCAAGAAUUUCUCUUCCAGAAGCUGGGAGGAGAACGAAUGUCCUAAUGCUGUACUAUUCCACCCUUUGGACGCCUCAUCCAGGACGCAGAGGACUCUAGGUUUAAUAUUUUGUACAAAAUGGAACCUGUUAAUCACAUGAAAGCACAUAUGUAUAUAUCUUUUAUUUAUAAAUAAAAUUUUAAAACAA